GGGGUCUGGCUCCUGGUCCUCGGGCAGGGAGAGGGCUUUCACCGGUCAGGCUAUAUAAGCAACAUAAGCGGGCCGGCCUCAGUUUAUUGUUGGUCUCUGUCCUGUGCCGUAACGCCCGCACCGCCUCAACACCAGAAGAAUGCAGGUGCUGUACUACACGUUGGCCGUACUGCUGGCCUGCUGCCUGGUGCUCGCCGAAGACAAGGACAAGGACGCCAAGACCAAGGACGAAGACAGGCCCAAGGUGUUCAAGCGUCUGAUCCCCGCGGACGUUCUCAGAGAUUUCCCCGGCGUAUGCUUCGCCUCUACCAAGUGUGCGACUAUAGAGCCCGGCCACAGCUGGGAACUGUCCCCCUUCUGUGGCAGAUCCACCUGUGUUCAGGAGUCCAAGGAGUCGCCCAGACUACUGGAGCUCGUUGAGGACUGUGGACCUCUGCCCAAGGCCAACCCCAAGUGCAAACUGUCCGAGAAGACCAACAAGACUGCACCAUUCCCCCAAUGCUGCCCCAUUUUCGAUUGCGAACCCGGUGUGAAGCUGGAGUAUCCCGAGAUCCCGACUGCUGCCCCUGACGCCGCCGCCGCCGCUGCCGCCCCCAAAGCCGCUAAAGCCUAAACCGCCCUACGUCGUGGAGUUCCGCAGCCGCAACGUCCUAUCCCCUUGAGAUAGAUAAUGUUUUAAUGUUUGAAUUUUUGUAUAACGUUAGAUUUUUCUAAAGCUGUACAUGUUACUUUCUUACCACGUAAUUGUAAUAAGUAAAAUACGUCUUUGUUCAAACAAAUUAAAAACAUAAUAAUAAACACCAGGUCCAAGGUU